UCACAGAAGGGUUUGUCCCGAGGCAGGUGAGCAGCCUGCACUUUGCUCUGCUUCGUCAGCUGGGGGGGACGUCUCUGUAGCAGCAAAGAGCUGGGAGUGCUGAUCCAGGUUGAGGGUCAGGCAGGCAUCAGCCGAUGUGGCAGGUGGACUUUGACAGCCGCCUUUGGGGACGGAGAGAGCGCAGGCCAGGUCUGCAAAGCUGUCGGUGGUGGGCACGUUCGAACAGGAAGCUACAAAACUACGAAAAACUAAAUCAAGGAGGAGGAGCUUCACAGCAAGACCCAGAUGGACCCUUGGGUGCCCCCGGGGCAGCCCCAACCAAGAGGGAGGCAUGUAGCCCGGAUGGAGGGCCAGGACAGGUGGCCAUGGGGAGAAGGCUACCACAGACCUCGACCCCAGUCUAGGCAUAAUGGUGAGAGGUAUUACCACCACCAACAGGACCUCAGAACAGGGCCUCAACUGUGGCCAGACCCAUGGAUGGAGUACCACCACCCCAGCUAUCCUGGCAGGCCAGAGGACCAGAUCAGACCAGACUCCAGAGCAGAGUAUUAUGAAAGCAGUUAUCUCACUAGACCAUAUUCAAGGCAAGGCUAUGAGGACCCCUACUGGAGCUACCCAUCGCCAAGCUCUGGGGAAGACUACGCUUACAGAGGUUAUCACAGACCCUCCCAAGUACUGCAGCAUGAGAGAGUGUGCAGAUCCAAGGCACGAAGAUCUUUAUGGCAGGCACAUGAAUUACUGGGAUCAGAACUACUACAGAGACUCCCAUCAUGACCAGGAUACCAGCCCAUUUGGGCAGAACGAUGUGGCACAAUACCGCUCAAAGAGCUACAGCACCUAUGAGGAGAAGUACAUCUCUACUCCCAGGCAGGAACAGAUUGGGGAGGAAGCCCGGGGGAACUGCGUGGAGGAUGCCAGCUUCCAGCCAUAUGAGCUCCCCGCCCCACGUGAGCUCAGCCGGCUCGUGCAGUACAAGGAAUCUGGCCUCAGCUCCAGCAGCUAUGAACUCAGUCAGUACAUGUGCGACUCUCCCAAUCAGUACCACCCAGAUCCUUCAGAGACCUGGAGUCCAGUUCAAACAGAGGAAGUCUUGCUGUCCACUCCGCACCACGUUGCACCCCAGAAGUAUUCCCUCCCUCACGUGCCAGUGUGCUUUGGAGCAGGAGGCCAGCUGGUCCGAGUGUGCCCUAACUCCCCGGCUGAUGGGCAGCCUGCCCUCAUUGAAAUGCACAGCCUGGAGGUAAUCCUUCAUGACACCAAAGAGCAGGAGGAGAUGCGAGCCUUCCCAGGGCCUCUGGUCAGGGAGGAUUUGCACAAGGUGGAUGUGAUGACAUUUUGCCAGCGCAAAGCAGCCAUGAGCUGUGAUUUGGAGACUGAGAGAGGCAGAGACUCAGCCCUGCUCUGGAAACUCUUGGUCCUCCUUUGCCGGCAGAAUGGGUCCAUGGUGGGCUCAGACACAGCUGAGCUGCUGAUGCAAGACUGCAAGCGCCUGGAGAAGUAUAAAAGGCAAGAGCCAGUGGCCAAUCUGAUCAACCUGACCAAUGAAGAGUGGCCAGUGCAGGGCUCUGGGACACCAGACCUCCUCACUGGGGAGAUCCCACCCAGCAUGGAGACACCAGAGCAGAGAGUGGAGAAAUUCACCAAGCUUCUCUUCUAUGGCAGAAAGAAAGAAGCCCUGGACUGGGCCAUGAGAAGCCAGCUGUGGGGUCAUGCCCUAUUCCUGUCAAGCAAGAUGGACCUGAGGACCUACAGCUGGGUUCUAUCUGGGUUCACCAGCACGCUGGCCCUCAACGACCCCCUGCAGACUCUCUUCCAGCUCAUGUCCGGAAGGAUACCUCAGGCAGCUCUGUGCUGUGGGGAUGGCAGGUGGGGAGACUGGAGACCACACCUGGCAGUGAUGCUGUCCAACCAGGUUGGGGACACUGAGCUGAACCACCGGGCCAUUGUCGCCAUGGGAGACACCUUGGCUGGGAGAGGGUUAAUAGAAGCUGCUCACUUCUGCUAUCUAAUGGCGAAUGUCCCUUUUGGUCACUACGGGGUUAAGACAGACCACAUUGUCUUGCUGGGCAGUGACCCCAGUCAGACAUUUGUACAGUUUGCCAAGACGGAAUCUAUCCUAAGGACUGAAAUCUUUGAGUAUUGUCAGAUGCUGGGACAUCCCAAAUCCUUCAUCCUCUCCUUCCAGGUGUAUAAACUCCUUUACGCUGCACGCCUGGCGGACUAUGGUCUCACCUCCCAGGCCUUGCAUUACUGCGAAGGGAUUGGCACAGCUCUGCUAGACCAGACCCAGGCCAGCCAUCCGGUGCUGUUAGAACAGGUUAUCAAGCUUGCAGAGCAGCUGAAGCUCUCUGACCCAUUGCUACUGGAAAGACCUGAGCAGGAACAGAACCUGGAACCCGACUGGCUCGUCCAGCUCCGAGCCCGAGGCCAACAAUGGGAGAAGGAAGGCGACCUCCCCAACUUGGCAUCCGCUCAGCCAGAGCUCUCCAGAGCCAGCGGAUCCACAGCAGACAGAGAUCUCCGUCAUGAGUUUGCACAAAACCCAGGCUACCAGCACAACCUAGAGUUCCAGCAGUAUAACUCCCCUGCUCCUGAGAGGACAGGCCAGUACCAGCCAGGUCUACAGGAGAACGUGUCCUUCCCGCCUGGUGCAUAUUCCAGGGUGGAGGGGUCAGAGCAGGCCAUAGCUUCUGUGCCACCUGAUGCCAUGCAAGAGAAUCGUCCCACAGAGGUCAGCUUUGGGGCAAACCUCUCUCUAGAGGGAAUUUCAAAUGACCAUUCCCCACAGGUCUACCAGCCACCAGGGAGCGCUGUGAGGUUUCAAGGACGCUCCCGGCCCUUUGGGGUUCAGAAGAACAUUCUGGAACAGCAGAGCGUGUUGAAUGCCAGGACCCGAACCGUCUCAGAGAGCUCCACCAUCUCCAUGGAGGAGGACGCCUUGCGACCCCCAGAAGGCACAGGCGAGGGAGUUGCUGUAGAGCGGCCGUCAACGGAGGGGGCAGAGCGAGAAGAGGCAAAGGGCUCAGGGUUUGGCUGGUUCAGUUGGUUUCGAUCAAAGCCCUCCAAGGAGGUGACGCCUUCCAGAGAUGUGUCCGGCCCUGCCCCAGUCUCUGCUGCACUGGGGUCCCAGGAGAAGGAUGCACCAGCCCCACUUCCCUCUCCCCCUCCUCCAGCCACUGGAGCAAGCUCUUCAUCAUCUCACCCUCCUCGCCUGCUUCCGGCUUCCCCCAGCCCUCUCUCCAGAAGCUCAGCUAUGAAUGAAGCUAAAGGCUUGCAGGGCCCCGAUGGCAGGGAAUCAGCAGCCUUUCCUGGGGCUGGAGGCCAGGUGAGGGACGAGGGCAGGCUCUCUCUCCACUGCUGCCUCCCUUGGACUUGGCCAACCCAAGCGGCUCUCACAGCGGCGCUACCCAGCCCAGCCGUGACAAGGCGCUACCCAGCCUGGCCUGUCUACCAAGUCUCCUGUGGAGCAGAGGUUGCAAGAGUCCUUGCCAUGGGGACAGAAACAGACUAUUCAUUUGUACUGAGCCCCUGCCCUUUUUCUGCCCCUUUUCCUCUUUCCCCUAGGAAUGUUGCCAGUACACCUCCCCUUGCAAAGAGCAUCAAUAUUAAGGCUGGGGAGAGGUGGAUUUGCUCCUUUCUGACACUGGGUAUCCAUCAUUUGGCCAAGUGUCUAGUCAGUGAUGAUUGGCUAGUGGAAGGAGUUUUCAGGGAAGUUCCUGUAAGGGGAAAGGUAUAUCGAGGCUGGAUUUCAGAAGAAACAUCCUAUCAGUGAUGUCUCCGAGUCUGGGGAAUUCUUUCCCAAGGACCAUGUUGGAGUCCUCACCUCUUCACUCACUGGAGUCUGGAAUGGCCAAAGCACUGGUGUAUAUAUUGCAGGGAACAAUCCCACAGUGGCCAGGGGUGGGACCCAGGGACUGGCUCUAAACUGCAGAUCUCUUCCAUCAGACAUGUAAUAGCAAUGGUAACAUGAGUAAAUGUAUGUAUGGCCAUUUGACUGGCUGCCAUGCAGGACAUCAGGUGCAGAUUGCAUGUUUGCUCCCAGGCUGGGGAGAGCCAGGAGUGCUGUGAAGACAGUACAUGCAGCUCUGGGUGGGAGCAAGCUCAUGGCAUUUAAAUGCCUCCUCAGGCCAACCGGAGGAGUAAGGUUAAUUGUCUCUGGCGGGAGCAGCAUCCAGCCAAGAGGGGCCAUCGAUCACAACAUAAAGCCAGUGGAGACUGAGAGUGCAUCCUCCCCACAAAACAUCUGCCAUGGGAAUGGUUCAGGGAUGAUUCAAGGGUAGCCAGAGAUUGCAGUGCCUUCACAUUUGUAUAAGAUUCCUGACGAUAAAGGACAUAUUUGUAUGGUCUCUAAUAGCACCUACGCUGCCUUUGUAUUUAAUGUUUUUGGAAAUAAAGUCAAAAUACGUUUA